AACGGGACAGCAGCGCGCCCUGUUGUUGUUGUUGUUGCCACCCGGUCCUCCUUCGACAUCGCUCGCCUCAAGUCCCCGACAAUCGGCCGCUUAAGAGGUGGUGCAGCUGAAGUCCGAGCCGCCGUCAGCCCCGGUACAAAAGGUCGACCUUCCUCUACCAGUAAAGCUGAGAGCUCCAAGAGGGUUGAAUUCAGACCACAGGCUAAAUCUGCCUCAGGUCUAACAAAGAAAAUUACGAGUGACAUUUUUGCAAAAGAAGAGCAUUACAAGUAA